UUUAAAUUUAGUAUCAUAUUAUCGAGUUCCUGUAUGUACGUUCAACGAUUUUCUCAAUCUCUGUGAAAAUGGGUAACAAAAAGAAACAUUCUGAUAAAUCCAAAGAUAAACAUCGUCACAAGAAAAAGAAAAAUAGAGAUCGUGAAAGUUCCAUCAGUGAGUUAGAUUCAGAUCAUCCAACAAGAUCAGCAAAAAGAAACUACAGAUCAAGGUCAAGGUCACCAGUAAAAAGUAAAAGAUCGAGGUCACAGUCAGAUUCUAGGAAAAGGGACAGUUAUAAAAGUUCAUCAAAGACUUCACACAAAAGAAAGAAGCAUGAAACAUCCUCAGACUCCUCAUCUGACUCCGAUUACGAUGGAGGUUCUUCUCGUGUCAGGAAUAUAGAAAAAGAAAAGAUAGAGACAAUUCUCAAAAGUAAAGAAGAAAGAAAGAAGGAAAAAGAAAUGAUGAAAACUUUGGAAACACCAGAAGAAAAGCGAGCUAGAAGAUUAGCAAAGAAAGAAGCUAAAGAGAGAAGACGUAAGGAGAAGAUGGGCUGGGAUAAAGACUAUUUGGGAUACACUAAUUCAGACAAUCCAUUUGGGGAUGAGUGUCUCUUAGAUACCUUUGUCUGGAGCAAAAAAAUGGAAAAGGAAGGGAAAAAGCACCUGAAUGAAGAGGAGAUACACAAACACCAGAAAAUGAAACUAGAGGAAAGUCGGAGAGAGUUAGAGAAGGUCAAGAAGAGAAGAUUGGAAAGAGAGAGACAGAUGGAGGAAAGAGAUAAUGAAAGAGAGUUGAUGCAGAGAGAAAAGGAGUCCGAGUACUACAGGGAAUGGGAAAAGCAGGAGGACAAUUUUCAUUUGAAUCAAGCUAAACUCAGAUCAAAGAUCCGCAUACAGGAUGGCAGAGCCAAACCAAUUGACUUAUUGGCCAAGUAUAUCAGUGUAGAGGAGGAUGAUUUGGCCGUAGAAAUGCAUGAACCAUACACAUACCUCUAUGGUCUGACAAUAGUUGAUCUGGAGGAUUUACUGGAGGAUAUUAAAGUGUAUCUGGAACUGGAGCAAGGCAAAAACGUCGAGUACUGGAGGGAUAUCAUAACCAUUGCUAAUGAUGAACUAGGUCUACUCAGGAAGUUGGAUUCAAGUCAGAGGGAUUUCCAAGACAGGAGAGAAAGAAUCAAUGAAUCUGUCAGUAACGAGGUACAGUCCAUCUUUAAAGGAAAAACAACUAAUCAGUUGUUGUUACUGGAGGAACAGAUAAGAAAGAAAUUACAAGGUGGAGAAGGCGUGGAUGUGGGUUACUGGGAGUCCUUACUUCAGCAGCUGAAAGCCCACAUGGCCAGAACAAGACUGAGAGAAAGACAUCAAGAGAAUCUGAAGCAGAAACUCUUCAAACUCAAACAAGAGCAAGGAAUUGACUCAGGUCCCUUGUUUCCUGCUGGUGUGUCACAUGGUAGCAGUAACAACAGCACACCUGACAGAAGAAAUUCUCCAAUACCCUCAAGUCUCAGCAGACUAUCACCGGCACCUUCUAAGAGCAAACCCCAGUCUCCAGCGCCCUCUGGUAGCAGGGAGAACCAGCCUUCGCCAGGACCAUCCACCAGUGCAAUAGAAACAGAGGAGGAGGAUGAGCCUGAGCCUGGCCCUAGUACUGAGGCAGGAGAGGAAGAUGAAGAGGCACUAAUAACAGAAGAAGAUCUGGAGGAUCAGGCGUACAUUGAUUAUGAUGCUGGGAGUUACUCUCCUAAGCUACUCAGGAAUGCUGAUCUAGAGAUUGAUACUGUUGUGUAUGAUCCAAUAGACGACAUGAGAAAACUGGAAUUAGCCAGGCAGCAAGUGUUAUCCACUGGUCGUGUCAGGUUGGAUGGAGAGACAGAGUUUGAAAAGAAAGCUAGGGAAGGCAUGAAUGAUGAUGAAGCAACAUUCAGUGUAGAGGUUCCCACAGAGCACCAGAAGUUCCUGUGGUCAGACAAGUACCGGCCUCGUAAACCGCGAUUCUUCAACCGAGUACACACUGGCUUUGAAUGGAACAAAUACAAUCAGACCCAUUACGACAUCGACAACCCACCACCCAAAAUUGUACAGGGAUACAAAUUUAAUAUCUUUUACCCGGAUUUGAUUGACAAAACUGACACCCCCGAGUACACAUUAACUCCAUUAGAAGACAAUAAGGAUUUUGCUGUUCUGAAAUUUCAUGCGGGACCACCAUAUGAAGACAUUGCCUUCAAAAUUGUACACAGAGAGUGGGAAUAUUCUUACAAACACGGAUUUCGUUGUCAGUUUCAGAAUAACAUUUUCCAGUUGUGGUUCCACUUCAAGCGCUAUCGGUACAGGCGAUAAUUCUGUCUUCAGUGUUUCAAUGUGAUCAUUGUGUAAUGAAACAUAAACUGGGAAUUUUGUACAUUGAAUAUGUCACUUUAAUAAAUAUUUUUGAAAAAAAGAAGAAA